UCAGCAGACAGUCAGUCCGGUCAGCUGGUUUCGUUCACUCGCGCGUUACUUGAGCUUCCUGAUGGUAAACCCGUUGCGAGCGACCAGGUAGAUCCCAAUACCCCGAUCUCCCCGGUGCCCGCUCCGAGCCCCCCCACGAACAGAUCGAUAGCGAUCGGACUACAAAAUCGGCGGCCCGCGCGCCGUAUGUGCGCGAGUGUGCGAAAUCUCCAGCGGGAACAUCGACGAGAAGGUACGAGGGACCAGGUCGCCCGCAGAAGAGGAAGAGGCGACGAAACGGAAGAGGACGAAGAGAGCAGGAACUCGAGGAAGGAGAGUGCGCGCGCGCGGCCAAGCAGGAAAUGACUAUAUCGUACGCGAGCGAAGUGCCGAACGGCUCCAGUUUUGGCUGCUUCUGGAGGAUUCUGAUCAAAUGGCGUGGCUCUGUUUACAAGCUAAUCUGGCGAGAGCUACUGGUGUACCUGUUCCUCUACUACUUCAUCAAUUUUUUGUAUCGAUAUGUGCUCGAUGAAAACCAGCGGGUAAUAUUCGAAAAGAUUCGUUAUUAUUUCGGCAACUCCAGUGAAUCCAUACCCAUGUCAUUCGUUCUGGGAUUCUACGUGAGUCUUGUCGUGAAGAGGUGGUGGGAGCAAUACAAGCUUCUACCCUGGCCGGACAAUCUGGCCCUCUUCAUCAGUGCCGCCAUUCCUGGAAAUGAUGAACGAGGGCGGCUGAUGAGACGCAACAUCGUGAGGUAUGCUGUGCUCGCGUAUGUCAUUACGCUGCAGAGGAUUUCCCUGCGCGUUAAGAGGCGUUUCCCAACUCUUCAGCAUAUGGUGGAUGGAGGUCUGAUGAUGGAAUCGGAGAUGAAAAUCUUCGAGAUGAUGAACAAGAAGGCGGGCAUGUCCAAGUAUUGGAUGCCGCUCGUCUGGGCGACCAACAUCAUCAAUAGGGCGAGGAAAGAGGCCCUGAUUACCAGCGAUCACGUAGUGCAAACCCUCCUUGUCGAGCUCAGCGACAUCCGGAAGAGGCUUGGCGCAUUGAUUGGUUACGAUACAGUUUGCGUCCCUCUAGUCUACACUCAGGUGGUAACAUUGUCACUGUACGCGUAUUUCUUCUCGGCCUUACUCGGCAGACAAUUCGUCGAGCACUCCAACAGCAUCGGGAAGUAUGAGGAGCCAGACAUGUAUUUUCCGUUCUUCACGACGUUGCAGUUUUGUUUCUACGUCGGAUGGCUGAAAGUCGCCGAGGUCUUGAUUAAUCCUUUCGGCGAAGACGACGACGACAUCGAGCUGAACUGGUUGAUCGAUAGACAUAUCAAGGCGGGUUACAUGAUCGUCGACGAGAUGCACGAAGAACAUCCGGAACUCCUGAAAGAUCAAUACUGGGACGAGGUCGUGCCAAAAGACUUGCCGUACACGGUAGCUAGCGAGCAAUAUCGCAAAGAGGAGCCGAAAGGCUCCGCGGAACAUUAUAAAGUAAAAGACAGCGACGCUCUUUACGCAAACGUUAUGCUGGGCACACAGAUUCACAGCCACGUUCAGCAUCGUAAGGCUCAUCAGGAUGAUAUGUAUGCCGAUUACGAAAGCGUGGAUACUCCGUUGGUGGAACGGAAGAAGAACGGCUGGUUCCAACGACAGAUCACCAGAGUAGGCUCGGUACGCAGUUCCUCGACCACGUAUAGUAGCGGGGGUGGUUUCUUCUCGCGUAAUAGGCACAACAGCGUGUACAGUAGUCAUGAGACCGGUGGUCUCCCGCAAACGAACAAUCCGAAUCUCAAAAUAUCACUCUACGAUCGUCUCGUGGGACGCAAGAGCAUUCGUAAUCAGCGCAUUGGUCGCCAAGGCACUAUGACGAAGCUGAACUCAGUGCCGGUAUCCCUGAAGAACAGGCCGCGUAUACCGACUCCGGACGUGACGAAAGAGGUGGUCGACCGUGAACAGAGGCUGGCACUGUCGGCCGCCAAUACGGCAAACAUUGGUGCCGGCGUGGUGGGCGUGAUACCAGCGAACGGUCACUAUCCGACCGACCUGUCGGUGGUGGUGUUGUCGCCUAUACAGGAAACUGAAAGCACACCAUCAUCAGGGAAAUCUGGUGCCGCGGCCCUGGCGCAAGCCGUACUCUCGCCAACGUUAACCAGCGCCGGUCUAAUGACUCCGGUAACUCUGACCCCCGUUACCAUGAGUCACCUGACGCAAUUGGGCCUGAUGACGACGGCGACGACGACAACGACUCAUUCCAACAAUCAGGGCAACAGCAUCCAGGCGACAUUAACGGAAGUCAACAGCAGCGAGGAGGAAGGCAGCGGAAGUGGCAGCAGCCAGAGCGGAAGUAUCACCGGUCAGGAGGACCGUGCGACGUCGUUGAUCGACAACAAUGGUAGUCCGAUGGGCAGUAACGGCAGCUCACCCACUUUCGACAGCUACAACGAUCGCUCGCCGAUCCUGAUGAGACCGGAGAAACUGAGCUACGUGGUGACUGCUGCCUUGCCCGCACAGAUCAACAGUGCGGGGAUGGAGGCGCGAGGUAGACGAUCAGCAUCACUGCCUGGUCCGCCAAUCGCGCAGGUUGGUCGCGACGACAGAAGUGUGUCCCUGCCGCAAUCGCCGGGAUUGCAGCCGCGCGAGACUCGUACGGUUUCCGUAUCAAGCAGGCAGGACGGUCUUAUCAUCGACAGACUGGCCACUUCCGGCAGUCAGGGCAUUAGACCGAGGACCAACAGCUUCGGCCAUGAUCUUUCUAGGUCCAAUCAAAGGGCGAAUCAAGACACGUCGAGGAAGAUGAGCAGUGUGUCGUGCACGAACACGUCGCUACCAAGCAACCUGGCUUCGGCGUCAAUCCCGACAUCGUCCACGAGCGUACCGACCACGACGACCGUCGCCGGAAGCAAACGGGGCGAGGUUUACGUUUGACGAUGGCAAAUACAGGCAAACGCGAGCCCGUUGGCAUUUUCUGAGAUUCUUUUCCCUUAUCGCGGUUCCCUGCGUAGCGUUGCCAUAUGGUGGAUCUAUCUGGAGAACAAUCUCGCUUGGUCAUCUCCUUGAUCCCUCGAUUGGCCGUGUUAGGAUAGAUAAUCCAUUAUUUGCAAUUUCAGUAUAAUAUCAUUUAUUUAUCAUGGGCGGUGGAAAGUUUCUUUAUCAUAGAAAUAGAUUUUUUCUUUCUUAGGAAUUCUUUUCCUAGGAGAAGAUUUCUAGGUAUCUUUCGAGAUGUUCUGUGCUUGAUGGUAAGAUAUAACGCAGGUCGUUCUAAACGAUGUGCCGCGAAGCGCAGCAGCAUCACCCGCAUUUACGAUACUUUGUCGUUAAUCGGUCGUUUAUCGAUCAACGAAGAGGAAUAAAUAAAUUGUAGGCCAUUAUAUUGUAAAUAGUAAUUUAUACAUUAAAGACUCUGUGUACGACUCGUAACGAUCAAUCUUGUAGGAGAAUAUACAUUUAAAAUGUAUAUUAUAAUUGUUAGAUUAAUUCGACAUAAAAGUGAAAUGACUGAUUCCCGUGGAACGUGGUCAUGUAGAAAAGAUCAAAUAGCUUAUUAUUCAAUUGAAUAUCGAUUCUUUACACUCGCGACGAAGGAGAGUUAUAACAAUAAUGUGUGACAAAAAGUGAACAGUAUAGGGAGUCAAUGUGCCUUAAAAAUUUAACAGGAGAUAUCGGAAAUAAUUUUGUAUCGUCAUUAUAUAAUGUAAUACUAUAAGCAAGCGUCGGUUAAUAUUGCUCGCUGUUACACUAGUUUGUUAUUCGUAACACACUCACUCGUGCAUCGCAAUUUCGUUAUGAAUUCGUUCGUUCGUGCGUCACACAUAUGAUUCUUUGUGAUACCACUUAUAGAUAUCUAAUAUGUCGUUUCGUAAAGUGCCACGACGCUACAUCGUGGAUUAUCAAUAUGCCGAGAGAAAUCAAAUCACUUACUUGUAAUCAUUCACAUACUUUUGUACAUAGCUGACUCUCGACUUGCCGUCCUCUUCCCUCUCGUCGUCUCUGAGCUGAGAGUUUCUCUAUAACAAAUUACGUUAUAUUUUUAUUGCCAUACAUUUUAGCAAUGCGAUGUAUUAGUCGCCUGCGAGAUCAAACGUACCCGAAAUGGCAGUAUAAAUUCACAUAUUUCAUUUGCCAUUUUUGUACAUGUAUCGCGUGACAUAACGUUUGUUAGGAUAUUGUCAGAAUAUUCGUCAAGGAUUAAGUAGAUCAUUAUGCAAUGUUAUCGCCAAUAUUUUCUUUCACGUUUCAUUCGUUUAAAUUUUAUCUGAUGACAUAGAUUGAUAAAACUGAAUAAUAGCGUUUAAGUAAAACAUGAGUGAUAUGCAUGCAGAAAUCUUUUAAGGAUUUAUAAAAUAGCUUUGCACUAGUACCAUAUUUGAAAACGGAAAAAACGGUUCGGAAUGAAGCGCUUCUUGUUCUUGUUGCAUCUCGAUAAUCGAUGUUAUAGCUCAAGUUGUUUGUAACGAUAAAAGUCAAUUGUUGCUUAUUGUUAUUGCGAGUAUAUUAGUGCAAUUGAAUCAAGAAGAUGAGUAUCACGGCUUGUCGACUGACGAGCGCGUGUACGUGUAUAUAGCUUACGAUUAAGUAAAUGCUGAGUUAAUUAAUCUGCUCAAUGACGAUGUGCGCGUAAGUUCGAUCCGUAAGCGACGAAAAGUGUGCUAUCGCAAACUAUUACAUAUAUUAAACAUCAUUAUUUCAUUACACAUGUCAGUACAUAGUUAGACAUUUCUUGAUUAAUGAUGGAUACACUAAGAAUUUAACGCCCACAAUAUGCAAUUUUCCUAGCUGCGAGCUAGAAUAGGAAUAAGAUUUUCUGGAACUGAUAAUGUAUCAAAGAUAUUAGGAUCUUGCUUGCACAAUCUGACGUAAAUUAGCGGAAAAUAUAUCAUUCUUUCCUAUAUAUAAAACUGACAUUAAAUACAUCAGUAUAUCCACACAGACAUAAUUUUAAUCUAGAUUUUAGAUAGUUUUAUGACCAUAAUUAAAAACAAAAUCUCUUAUCUUUUGCUUCAUAAAUUAUGUUUAAGACAGUUGCUCUUGGUCAUAUAAGUGCGUAUAGAUCAAAUGAUUAUGUAGCGUAUAUGUGCAAUUGUACUACUACUACUACGGAGACUAUCAUGGUACAUGAGGCAAUAUUAAAACAGUCUAAUUCUGUAGUUAACAUUAUAUAAUAAUAUAUUACAUAAUAAUGUAUUAUACAUAAUAGCCCAAUUAUAUAUUAUAUUUGCGCGUACUGUGAUGAACAGAAAAGAAUAAAAAAUAUUUCGUCCCCGAUAUGAACAUUUAUUUAUAGCGCGAUUUUAAAUAUGUGCCUUAACUGGCGAUUAAUCGAACGAUUAGCAAUGCGUUAUUUUCGUGCAAUGACUGUUCGUUCUUGAUUCCCUACGUCAAGCAACGUAAUGUAAGAGAGAAAAAAUCCAAUUUUGUAUAUAUUUAAUUUACAGUAUUUGUAUAUAAAUUCCUUAGUUAUUACCCGUAAACGACUAAUUAUUAUCAUUAUCGAACAAUCGGAGCCACGUAAUCGACUUUUCUAAGUUUCUCGGUGCUCAGUCACACGUAUUUAGUUGUAUUAACGAUAUCAUAUAUUAUCUCUUAUUGUCUAUAAUCUAUGUUGGAAUAAAUACUUUGGAAAAAUAAGAAA